AUGCCCUACGUCUCCGCUGCCCGCUACGGCAAGGACAAUGUCCGCGUCCUCAAGGUCACCCGCGAUCCGGCCACGGGCGUCCAGGCCGUCACCGAGAUGACCGUCUGCUGCCUCCUCGAGGGAGACAUCGACUCCUCCUACACAAAGGCCGACAACAGCGUCGUCGUCGCCACAGACUCCAUCAAGAACACCACCUUUGUCCUGGCCAAGCAGCACCCCGUCACGCCCCCGGAGCUCUUCGCCUCCAUCCUCGGCAGCCACUUCAUCCAGACCUACAGCCACAUCCACGUCGCCCAUAUCAAGGUCGUCACCCACCGCUGGCUCCGCAUGGACGUCGACGGCAAGCCGCACCCUCACAGCUUCGUCAAGGACGCCGGCGAGACCCGCAACGUCGAGGCCUGCGUCUCCCGCCGCGACGCCAUCGCCCUCACCAGCGCCAUUGUCGGCCUGACGGUCCUCAAGAGCACCGGCUCCGCCUUUCACGGCUUUGUCCGCGACGAGUUCACCACCCUGCCCGAGACCUGGGACCGCAUCCUCUCCACCGACGUUGAUGCCAGCUGGAAGUGGGCGCGCUUUGCUGACCUCAAGGCCGUCGAGGAGAGCGUCCCCAAGUUCGACAAGGCCUGGGAGACGGCACGAAACGUCACCCUCAAGCUGUUUGCCCAGGACGACUCCGCCAGCGUCCAAAACACAAUGUACAAGAUGUGCGAGCAGAUCCUCGACGCUGUCCCCGAGACUGACAGCGUCGCCUACUCGCUGCCCAACAAGCACAACUUUGAGCUCGACUUGAGCUGGCACAAGGAUCUGCAAAACACUGGCGCAAAUGCCGAGGUCUACGUUCCCCAAACCUGCCCCAACGGCCUCAUCAAAUGCGAGGUUUCCCGCUCCUAG